ACUAAAAGUGAAAUUUCGGAUUUUGGCAUUAGACUUUAGGAAAUUUAUUCUGCGGUUGAAAUUCGAUUAUAACAACACAAAAUUUUGAGUUUCAAAUAAUAUUUAAAACAUUCGCAGAUUAGAAGCAGGAGCCAUCUUUUAUCAAUAUGAAGCAUGAAAAAUUACGAAGACAUCGUGUGAAACAAAGUGUUAACCUUGUAGAAUUGAUAAGGAACAGGCCAAGAAAUCAACCAUACGGUUUUCACCGUUCUAGUUGUAGCACCAGACGAAAUUUAAGAAGCAGAGAUAAUGUCAUAGUUGAUAGAAGAUUCCGCAGUUCAAGUCUUAGUCACAAUCAAAAUCAAUCUUUUCUGCCAAUUCACAAUCAACAAGAAGUAAAAGUUUUCGGAAGGGACUCUUAUUCUUCAACCUCAACUGUGUGUAAUUCUCGAAAGAACAGUAUUGGUAGUAUAUGUGAAGAAUGCCAUCAAAGAAUUAACUCUCCCCCUAACCAAGAACAUACAGUACCAGAACCAGAAGCGCAAGCAACUACACUGCCAUGUGGAUUUGUGAAUGGUCUUUGCAGAGCUUCAACUAAAGACUUAAAUGAAACAAAAUUUUGUCAGGAAAAAAAUGAAGAUGCAAAACCAAGUUGUAUUAACGGAACACAAUUUAAAUGUGAAAAACAAUGUAGUGAUGUCUGUAGGAAAGAAUUUUUGGUGCAGCCAAACAAAAUUCAAUCUUCAGGAAACGAUAAUAAUUCGCCGAAGUUAUGCCAACAUUCAUCCGCAGCUUUUAAUUUUUUUGAUUCCAAUGGAAGCGACGAGGUCUGUUCCAUAAACGAGGAAUCGGCUACUGGAAAUACUCCUAAUAACAGUCGCUCAACUUUGCAAAACCAAGCUAAUACUUUGUUCAUCGAACAUGCUUCUAGUAGACAAAUAUUAACGGAUGAAGAAGCAGGCGGCGACGGACAUCACAACAAUUCUGUCAUCGAAAUCGAAAUAACGUUGCAUUCCAGUAAUGAUAAUAAUUCUGAAGAGGAGGUCGAAGGGGAUGAAGAUGAACAUAUGGAGUUCAGUGAAUAGGGAACCGCUUGAGCGUAUUUCAUACCUCCAUAAAGAGAUAAUAAGGAGCAGCGUUUAUAAAAGUUUUCUAAACUUAACGAUCAUAAACAUAAAAACAUGCAUGGUACAUGGUACGGUACAUACUAGUACAAAGUUCGAAGCAUAGUGGUUCUAUAAGUUUCGAUAAAUACACAUUUUAAGCCUAAAAGAUCAACUUGUCUGGCCUUCAUUGGUUUUAAACUUUGCAUUUAAAAUGGGUGGAUUUCACAGAGGAACAGUCAUUUUAGGGCAUAAACCAAACCAAUUGGAAACUGAAGUAGUAAUUGAUUUCAAAGUUUGUAGCCACAUAUCUCCUAUUUUGUUUAUUUCAACAGAAAAAGACGUUUUCUAAAAUCCAAUUGAUGAUUCCAAAAUCAAAUUGAGGCUUCUUAAAAUCCACUGGACCAUUCUUAAAUUCAAGGUACUCUUACUAACAUCCAAUUGACCCUUUAUAAAACCCGUCAGAAUUUCCAAUUUGGUUUCUAUAUUUGUGGGCCUGAUUUUCAACCAAAUUGCUUGGGUUUGAAAGAUGCCAGCAUUGGAAACAAACCUGUGUACAAUGAUGUAUUAUUAUUUACGGUGUGAUGUGCAAUCAGCAUUGCGUUAUAUGCUAAUGAAUGACUAAGCAUGUGUGCCGUAACCGAAUGGUUUGGAGCAUGACUACAAUUCGGUAGUGGCCAGGUUCGAAACCCGGGCCAUGAAACACCAAUUGACAAAGAAGUGUUUUCUAAUAGCGGUCGCCUCUCGACAUGCAACGACAAACCUCCUGAGUGUUUCUACAUAAAAAACCAGCUGCCGUUCGAAGGCGGCACAAAACUUUAGAUCCAUAAAUUUGUAAAAAAAAUCAUCAAGACGCCCACUACACCCAAGAAUGAAUGUAUGCGCGAGCUAUGAGCUUGAUCGGAGCAUGAUUAUGAAAGUGAAUUCAUUGUUGAUUAUACCUUUCACAUUUAAAUAACGCCAGGCUUGCGUUUUUUUUAACGGUAUUUACACCUGUUCGAGAAGGCGAAAGCUAUUAUCAAUAUG